AUGAUUGAUGCAAUGGUGUCAUUGAUUCGGAGCAACAGGAGGUUGGCACAAUGGCACUACCAGAAGGGUGUUUUUAUCUCGAUGGAGUUUGGUGGAAUGGCAAGCUGUUUGGUUGGUACAAGUUCAGAUUCUAGAGAUGUAUCAACAAUUGAUAGCACUGAGAUUAUUGAUAUCAAAUUUAUUGAAAAUACGAAAUUUAGUAAAAACACGGGUAUAAUAGAUGAUAUAUUGAACGAAUUUGUUGAGGAAGAUCAAGUUUAUAAGGAUAAAGAGACAGUUGUCAGUGUGAUGAAGAACUUAGCUGUAUGUGAAAGGUUCCAAUUCAAGGUGAAGAGAUCAAGUGCAACAAGGUAUCACCUUAUGUGUAUGGGUGAAAAUUGUGCUUGGAGUUUCAAAUCUUCUGCCGUUUUCAAGGCAAACAUAUUCAAAGUGAGAAGUUACAAUAAUAAUAAUCACACAUGCGGCUAUGGUGAAAGAUACUUAACACAACGUCAAUCUACUUCGGGUGUAAUUGCUAGUAUAGUCAAGGACAAGUAUGUUAAUCCAAAAAAAGUUUACACCGCAAAUGAUAUAAUAGAGGACAUACAAAAGCAACACGGAAUUGAGGUGAGCUACAUGAAAGCAUGGAGAGCUAAAGAGAUAGCAAUGGCUAUGAUAAGAGGGAGUCCUAGUGAUUUAUAUAAGGAGUUGCCGAAGUAUUUUUAUAUGUUAGAGCAAACAAAUCCAGGAACGGUUACAAAGUUGCACAAAUCAGAAGAUGGAUGCUUUCUUUAUGCAUAUGCUUCGCUAUAUGCAUCUAUCAAGGGCUGGGAGCAUUGCAGACCGAUAAUGGUUGUUGAUGGAAGUUUCCUUAAAGCAGCACAUAAGGGUACCAUAUUGAUUGCUUGCACACUAGAUGGAGCUGGAAAAAUCCUUCCACUUGCAUAUGCAAUUGUAGAUUCAGAGAAUAACAAAUCUUGGGAGUGGUUCUUUGUCCAGAUAAAGGGUACUUUUGGAGAUAGGGAAGGGAUGUGUAUAGUUUCAGAUAGAAAUGAAAGCAUCUUCAAUGCCACAAAAGCCAUGUACCCAGAAGUACCACAUUGUAUUUGUAUGUUUCACUUGUGGCAGAAUGUAAAGCGCACAUUCAAGAAACAUCACAAACAAUUGAAGGAUAUCUUCUUUGCUUUGGCUAGAGCUUACACGGUAGAGAAGUUUGAGUACUAUAUGACAGAGAUGUGCAAAAUUGAUCCGAGAGUGCAACCGUACUUGUUCGAAAUUGGAUACGAAAGGUGGUCUAGGGCAUAUUCCAAAGUGAAAAGGUCGAUGGUAAUGACUUCCAAUAUUGCAGAGUCAAUUAAUGCAGCAAACAAGGAUGCUAGAGAGUUACCAGUAAUGCGAUUGCUGGAGUACAUGACAAAUUUGCUACAACAGUGGAACAACAAAAAUAGAAAAAGUGCAACGGAGACAUCUACAGAGCUUGGGGAAAAGUACGACAAACUCCUUCGGGAAAAUCUGAUUGCAUCGGAGCAAAUGACGGUGAGGCCUGCUACGGAGAAGUUAUAUACUGUGUUUGAAGGGGUAAGGCGAAACAUAGUGUGA